GUGCCGCAGUCCCCGCCCGCGAAGUCGCGGGCCCUGAAGCGAGGCAUCCAGGUGGCAGACCUGGGCCCCAAGCGCGUCGACGCUGCCGCGGGCGACACGGAGCGCUCCUCGUCGUCUCCCUGCAGCGUGCGGUUGGGCAGGCCGGCUCAGCCGCAGCGUGCGGUGCAGAAGUGGAAGUGGAAGCGGGGUGCCGGUGGGGCGCUGGCGCCCGAGCAGAAGCCGCGCUCCCGGAGCGGGACCCCGACGCUGACGCGCAGCGUGGAGUGCAGGUUCGGCAACGCGUGCCGCAGGCCCGACUGCUGGUACACGCACCCCGACGGCCGCGCGCGGGUGGGCGACGGCGAGGGUUUCCCGCGGAUGGGGGAGACGGGCAGGGUGUGCAACUACGGCAGGAUGUGCAAGCGGCCGGACUGCUGGUUCCGGCACCCCGGCGGCAGGGUGCUCAAGCUGCGGAAGGAGAGGUCCCGGAGCAGGAGGACGCAGCGGUACAGGUCCUCCUCAGGGUCGCAGCGGUCGCGCCGAGGUGCCUCGGGCUCGCGCGCGGCUGCCGGGGAAAACGUCCGGCCGUGCUGGCACGGGGCGAGCUGCACCCGCGAGAACUGCCCCUUCGACCACCCGGCAGUGACGAAGGCGGUCUCCGAGAGCACCGCACCCGCGGUGCAGCCCCAGUGCCACAGGGGCUACUUCUGCAGGCGCCCGCACUGCAACCUGCAUCACCCCGCGGGGCGCGCGGGGGCGCGGCAGCAGGAGCGCCAGGCUGUCCGGGAUGCCGCUGCCGACGGCGCGCGCCGAGCGCCCAGGCCCUCUUCGCGGGCUCCCCGUGCCCCCUCGAAGGAGAAGCUCGAGGGCAAAAGGGGAGAUGACGGUGCUUCCGACGGCCGCUGCGCGACCAGCAGCAGCAGCGGCAGCGGCAGCGGCAGCAGCAGCAGCAGCAGCAGCAGCAGCAGCUCGGAACCCCGCAGGCGGUCCAAGAGGGCCAGGAAGAGCAGGAAGGCCGGCAGGAGUCCGACGAGGGUCGCCGGGAAGGCGAAUGGGGCCAGCAGGAAGGCGAAGAGGGUGGCCAAGAAGGACACGCGGAGCCGCGGACAGCGGGGGAGGGGCUGCUCCGCGAGCAGCCGCGCCGCCGCCAGCGGCGCGCAGCCCGCGCGGCGCCGCCGCCGCCGCCCGGCCGGCCGCUCCGCGGGCCGCCCUGCCAGUAACCGCUCGGCGAGCCGGGCCGCGGAGCCGGCCCGCUGGAGCCCCGCAGGCAGCAGCUCCGAGGCCCGGGGGGCGAGCCCCAGCCGGCGGGGGUCGCCCGCGGGCAUGACGUUUCAGGCUUUCGUGCGCGACCAUGUCGACGGCUCCGCCACCGCGGACGAGGCGCUCGCGAUGUGGCGGGACCACUCAGCGAGGCGCCGCUUCCAGCUCAUGAAGGAAGGCGCGCCGGGGCUCCUGAACGACCUCUACCACCCGCACGCCGUGCUGCGGCGGCUGGACCUCCGGCUGGCGCUGGCUCGUGGCAGGGCCGCGGCGUUCGCCAGCGGGCUGCGCGGUGGCCUCUACGACGGCAUCUGCCUCCGCGCGUCGGCGCCCCAAGCAGAGGCUGCGCUCACCUCGGGAGCCCCCGAGUGCCACGUCGCGGGGCACCUGGAGCCUCCGGCGUUCGCGCUCGACCCAGGCGUGGGCGCCGUGAUCUUCCGCGGGGUGCCUGCCGCGGCGAGCGCCUGGAGCGCCCUCGAGGCCCUCCGCGGGCUCGAGGGCCUCGUGGACUUCUCUUGGCAAUGGCCCUCGCCGGGCGAGGCCUCCUCGCCCGCGGCCCGCGAUGUCCUCGCGCGCUUCGAGACGCCGGCGCUGGCGGCGGCAGCGCUUCGCGCCGCCGCACCGGUCCUCCGCGCCACGUCCCCGGGCGCCGGGGUGCCUGCGCUGCUGGAGCCCGCAGCAAGGCUCCGCGCCAUCGUCUGCCCGGCUGCGCCGCCCGAGGGCCGCGCGGGCGCGGGGGAGGCUCUGUCCGCAAAGGUUGUGCGCCAUCUGGACAUGCUGAUGGGCAUCCCCAGCGAGGUGACGCAGGCGGUGCUCGGCUGGGCGGGCUCCUCGGAGAAGAAGCUCGACGUGCAGGUCACUUAUCUGCGCCGCGUGCACCACUUCUGCUUCUACUCUGCGCGCUGGUGCGAGGACGCCUGGGACCUGUACCGCAACUGCGGGGCCGUCGUCCUGCGCGGCGUCGCGGAGGAGGGGGAGGCGGUGGACUCCAGCCUGGAGGAGGCGCGCGAGCGCUCGAUCGCACGCUUCCUCGGCGAGGCCCGGCUGGAGCGAGCCGAGCCGUGCGAGCCUGCGGAGCGGGAGGUGGUGCUCCUCUGCCAGGAGAGGACCGAGAAGCUCGCCGAGGGCAGGUACAGGUGUAGUGAGUGCCGGAAGCUCUUCCGCGGCCCCGAGUUCGCGGAGAAGCACGUGCGGAGGGCGCACGCGGAGCUCUUUGACGAGCUCCGCAAGGGGGCUCGGGAGAAGGCGAUGUACCUGGCGUUCGCGGCGGGCGAGCGGCUGCUGUAG